AUGACAUGUCAAGGCCCACCCCUCGGUCGAAGCGACUACUCACGAUGGCGUCUACGAGUUUCCGACGGCGGUCGACAUGUAUGGCACUACCUCCGUGACGAUGCUGAAUGCAAAGCAUGGCCGCAAAGCAUUCAAGACAAGUACUGGCUCGGUCUUCCCACCGACCUUCCGCAACUGCCGAGAGCCAAAAUACCGCUUGAUGCAGCCAAAAACGGCCUCUCGUUCUACCGCAACCUCCAGUCUUCCGACGGUCACUGGGCAGGUGAAUAUGGAGGACCGAUGUUCCUUCUCCCCGGUAUCGUCAUCGGGAUGUAUGUCACCAAGACUCCGAUUCCGGAAGAAUGGAGGAUCGAAAUCGCUCGCUAUUUGUGGCACCGAGCGAAUAAGGAUGAUGGUGGCUGGGGGAUUCAUAUUGAAGCAUCUUCAACCGUCUUCGGCACUGCUCUUAAUUACACCCUGCUCCGUUUGAUCCGGGUGAGUGCCGAUCAUCCUAUGAUGGUCAAGGCGAGGGGGACGUUGCAUAAGUUGGGUGGUGCGACGGGCAUUCCCUCUUGGGGGAAAUUGUGGUUGGCCAUCCUGAAUUGUUAUGAAUGGGAGGGGAUGAACCCUAUUCCUCCCGAGCUUUGGUUGUUGCCCGAUUGGCUUCCCAUCCACCCCUGGAGAUGGUGGAUCCAUACACGCAUGGUUUACAUCCCUAUGGGCUAUCUUUGGGGGAGGAGAUUCAAAGCCGAGAUGGACCCACUCAUCGCUUCCCUCCGCGAGGAAUUGUACGUUCAGCCGUAUGAGUCGAUCGACUGGCCAUCUCAACGUGGCAACAUUGCCCAAGUAGACACCUUCUACCCGCACACCAAAACUCUCAAAACCCUCAUGGCUCUCGUCGGUGCCUACGACCACUGUCACAUCCCCGCUCUCCGCAAAGCUGGCAUCCAACGUGCAUACGAUCUUUUGGUGCUGGAAGACGAAAACACAUCCUACCAGUGUCUCGGACCGGUCAACAAGAUGCUCAACUACAUCGCUCGUUGGGAUGUUCAAGGCCAUGAUAGUCACGCAAUGCGAAUGCAUCGUGAAAAGCUCAAGGAUUUCAUGUGGAUCGGUGCAGAAGGAAUGAUGAUGACAGGUACCAACGGCUCUCAGCUCUGGGAUACUGCUUUCAUCGCUCAAGCUAUGGUCGAUUCCGGUCUUGCUGCAUCCCCGGAAAACAAACAGCUCACCCAAAAACUGCUCGAUUGGCUGGACGACUGUCAAAUCCGCUCCAACCCACAGCAUCACAAAACAUGCUACCGAUUCGCCACCAAAGGCGCAUGGCCAUUCUCCACCAAAGAACAAGGAUAUGUAGUAUCCGACUGCACCGGAGAAGGCCUCAAAGCAGUCAUCAUGCUGCAAGAAAACGUUGCUUACCUCGGCAAGCAAGUGUCUCGCGAACGCAUGCACGACUCGAUCGACCUCCUACUUACAAUGCAAAACAGCGGUGGUGGAUUUGCGAGUUACGAGAGGAUCAAUGGACCUGCGAUGCUCGAGCUGAUCAACCCAGCAGAGGUGUUUGGAGAUAUUAUGAUUGAAUACGCCUAUCCCGAAUGCACUACUUCCGUCGUUACCGCCCUGCUCAAGUUCACCAAAAUCGACGACUAUAGGAAGCAAGAUAUCAAAAGCACCGUGCAUAGCGCAGUCAAGUAUAUUCUAAAGGCGCAGAGAAAGGAUGGAAGUUGGUUCGGAAGUUGGGCCAUCUGUUUUACUUAUGCGACCAUGUUCGCGGUGGAAAGCCUGAUGUUGGCUGGACAUACGUAUGAGAAUAGCGAUGCGAUUAGGAAAGCCUGUGAAUUUCUGGAGAGUAAACAGAUGCUCGAUGGCGGUUGGGGCGAGACUUACGAGGCAAGUUGUCCAUCCUUCCUUGCUUUCUUGAGUCGAUGGAAGCGGUGA